AUGGAAGGAAAAGCCUUGAUAUGGUAUCAAGACAUGUGUGACUCUCACCAAUUUAAUUCUUGGAUGGGUUUUGCUACUGCCUUAUUAGCAAGGUUUGGGCCUUCUUCCUACGAUGAUCCCAUGGAAACGUUAAUGAGGCUUCGACAAUAUUCCACUGUGGAAGAUUACAAAGGGAAGUUUAAGUCUAUCACUAAUAGACUGAGAGGUGUUUCUGAGGAAAAUAAACUGAGUUGCUUUUUAAGUGGACUCAAGGAUGACAUUCGGAUUCCUGUAAAAAUGUUUAAUCCUGGUUCUUUGUUAGAAGCAUUUAGUUUAGCUAAAAUGCAGGAAGAACAUAUUUCAACUGCAAGAAGGAAUUAUAGAAAUUUUAGUCCGAAUCCUAAUGCUUUUAAUGCACAAAAAGGAGGGGGCAAUGUUGCAGGGCAGAAUAGUGGUACUUUUCAAGGGGGAGGUCCUGUUGCAGGGCAGAAUAGUGGUGCUUUCCAAAAGGCUGUUGUGCCUGUUCAGAAGAUCACUCCCCUUCAAAUGGAGGAAAGGCGUAAGAAAGGGUUAUGCUAUAAUUGUGAUUCUCGAUGGAAACCGGGGCAUCAUUGUGUCAACCCUAAGAUGUUUUUGAUUGAAAGUGUGGAAGUUAUUCCUAACAAAGUAUCGGAAGAUCAUUCGGAGGCGGUAGAGCUCGAAUCUGAUAUGAUGGAGUUUUCCUACUGUGAAGCUACUCCAGAGAUAACUUUACAUGCUAUUACAGGCAGCACUCAUCCUAAGACUAUGCGGGUGAUUGGGAGAAUUGGAAAACACAGGGUGGUUAUUCUGAUUGAUAGUGGAAGUACCCACAAUUUUUUGGAUUCUUCUUUGGUGAAUAAACUCCAGUUAGUGAUCAAUAAGUCUUGUAUUGUCAAAGUUCAAGUAGCUAAUGGUGAAGUGGUGGUGAGUGAAGGGAAAUGCGAUUGUGUGAAUGUGAAGGUGCAGUGUCAUAAUUUUCAAUUUGAAUCUUUUGUCAUUGUAUUGGCUGGGUGUGACUUAGUUCUUGAUAUCCAGUGGUUGGUCACGCUUGGUCCCAUUUUAUGGAACUUUAAGGACCUUACCAUGGAGUUUUCUUUGGGGCAGCAGCUUUGUAAGCUACAAGGGUUAGCAACAACCAGUUUAUGGGUGGAGUCCGAUUUUUCCAACCCUCAAGGUGAAAGUCAGAAGGGACUAUUGCUUCAAUUAUUGGAGGAUGUUGAGCAUUCUACAGUGCCGGUACAAGAUUAUGCUUUGACAGAAUUACUCCACCAGUUUGAAGAUGUUUUUGCUGAACCAAAGGGAUUACCUCCCAGCAGGUCUCAUGACCAUGCUAUAGUGCUUAAAGAUGAUGCUAAACCAGUAUGUGUUAGACCCUAUAGAUAUCCCUAUUUUGAAAAGGCAGAAAUUGAGAAAAUUGUUCAGGAGCUAUUAGCCUCAGGGGUCAUUGUCCCUAGUCAGAGUCCUUUUUCCUCUCCUGUUUUGCUGGUUCGCAAGGCUGAUGGGUCUUGGCGAAUGUGUAUGGACUAUAGGGCUCUUAAUAAUGCAACGGUGAAGGACAAGUUUCCUAUACCGGUUAUUGAUGAACUUCUCGAUGAGUUACAUGGUUCUAGAGUUUACUCAAAGCUGGAUCUACGUUCGGGAUAUCACCAAAUUCGGGUGCAGCCUGAGGAUGUACCUAAAACAGCCUUUAGAACUCAUGAAGGCCACUAUGAGUUUUUGGUCAUGCCUUUUGGCUUGACUAAUGCUCCAUCAACGUUUCAAAGCUUAAUGAAUGAUAUCUUUAGGCCAUACUUAAGGAAGUUCAUUUUGGUCUUUUUUGAUGACAUAUUGGUGUAUAGCAGAAAUCGGCAGGAGCACUUUUGGCACUUGGAACUCACUCUAGAUAUCCUACGGAAAAAAAUCAGCUCUUUGCUAAGCGGAGCAAGUGCAGAUUUGGUUGUACCGAAGUUGAUUAUUUGGGGCAUAUUAUCUCGGCUGAAGGUGUUAAAGCUGACAAUACUAAACUAA